ACCACUUUAUUCCCUCUAUAUAAACCACACUCUCCCCACUUUAUUCUUCACCCAACAACAACUUCCUUCCCAAGUUCCAACCUUGUUUUCCUCUAUUUUUCUCUCCUUCCAGCCAUGGCAGCAAUCAAGGCCAUAACCGCCUUGCUUUUCCUCUCCUUCACAAUCUCAUUCUCUUUAGACAUGUCCAUCAUAACAAUCACUCAACAACCUAGUGUUCCUCGGACCAACGAGGAGGUUAUGGCCAUGUACGAGGAGUGGCUGGUCAAACACCAGAAAGUGUACAACGCCUUGGGAGAGAAAGACAAGAGGUUCCAAGUUUUCAAAGACAAUUUGGGAUUCAUUGAUGACCACAACGCUCAGAACAACACUUACCAACUCGGCUUGAACCGGUUUGCGGACAUGACCAAUGAGGAAUACCGGUCCAUGUAUUUGGGUGCAAGGAGUGAUGCCAGGCGCAGGGUCAUGAAAGCGAAGAAGAGCAUCACCGGCGGUCACCGGUAUGCGUAUAACGCCCGUGACCGGUUGCCGGCGCACGUUGAUUGGAGGUUGCAAGGUGCGGUUGCUCCGAUCAAGGAUCAGGGAAGUUGUGGAAGUUGCUGGGCGUUCUCAACAAUUGCCACAGUGGAAGCAGUAAACAAGAUAGUCACAGGGAAGCUUGUGCCUUUGUCAGAGCAAGAACUGGUGGAUUGUGACAGAGCCUACAAUGAAGGCUGCAAUGGGGGCCUCAUGGACUAUGCAUUUGAGUUCAUCAUUGGAAAUGGUGGCAUUGACACUGAGGAAGAUUACCCAUACAAGGGUGUUGAUGGCACAUGUGAUCCAACCAGGAAAAAUUCUAAGGUAGUGAGCAUUGAUGGGUAUGAGGAUGUUCCACCAUAUAAUGAGAAAGCAUUGAAGAAAGCGGUGUCUCAUCAACCCGUUAGCGUUGCUAUUGAGGCCUCUGGCAGGGCUUUGCAACUCUAUAAAUCGGGUGUAUUUACUGGUCAAUGUGGGACAAGCUUAGAUCAUGGUGUGGUUGUUGUUGGAUAUGGCUCUGAAAAUGGUAAAGAUUAUUGGCUAGUGAGGAACUCAUGGGGAACUCACUGGGGUGAGGAUGGUUACUUCAAGUUAGAGCGUAAUGUUAAACACACCUACACUGGCAAGUGUGGAAUUGCAAUGGAGGCUUCAUACCCAGUGAAGAAUGGCCAAAACUCUGCAAUCUCUACUUCAGCUUAUGAAAAUGCUGAAGUCUAUGUUAGCAGUGCUUGAAAUUGAAACAUCUCCAUCAUUACUUUGGAACCACAAGGACCAAGUAUUGAAGGUGCAAGAAAGUGGUGACUGUGUUACCUUAGAUUUGGGUAUUGGACAUGCUUUAAUGGGCUACUCUUGUACAUAGAUUUCAUCAUGUGGAAGUUGCACAUGAAUAUCAAUUUGUACUCAUUUUCACUUAUUGUUAUUUGAUUUCAAUGUUCAAUCUGAA